AUGGCUGAACACACCUACAAGUUCGAUGUCAAGAUGACAUGUCCUGGCUGUUCUACCGCCGUCUCACGCGUCCUAGAGAAGGCCAAGACAGAUGGCGUUUCCGAGUACACUGUCAACCUCGAGACCCAAGAAGUCCUGGUUAAAGGCACCAUCCCGUACGAGGAUGUCCUCGCUCGAAUCAAGAAGACCGGCAAGGAGGUUCGUUCUGGGGAAACGGUGUCCUGA